GUUUUCUUCACUUUUAAAAGACCUUUCUGAGGAUUCAACUAGCCAGAUAGAUUCUUUUAGGACAUCUGCUACUAUGGAUCUAGCAUAUUAUCAUAGUUUGCAGGUUUAUAAAGGAAAAGGAGUGCACCAAAUUUUUAUUGGCACACUUUUAUCAUGGGAAGAUAGAAUAUUUGCGCUUGUAGAAUCUGGAGAUUUUCUAGAAGGAAUUUCUCUUGCUACAUCUUUUUAUAAUGGCACCUCUUCUCAAACAAUUCUUGGUCUUCCAGAUGAUGAGGAAAAUCGGCAUACAAUUGUUGGGGAAAAGCUUAUGGAUCUAUUAAUAAAGUCCAUAAAUUAUGCUUUUUCUAGCGAACGAACAUUUCCAGGCAUUGUAGAUGAGCAAAAUAGCAGUGGUAACGUCUUGUUCCAUGAUCUAGCCGUUGCUUGCAUUGAGGCAUGUCUUAGUAUGCAUAGGGAAGACUUCCUUUUCAGCGACGUAUAUGAGAAAUACGCUGAAGCCGAUACUAAAGGAGUAUUUAAAGGAAUAUUACUUGAGGUUCUAGAACCAUAUAUCCUUAAAGACAAAAUAAAAGACCUUCCACCAGAAGUGAUGAAAGAUCUUGUCACUCAUUAUCGCAAACGACGCAUGCUUAAACGAGUGGAAGAAUGUAUAUGGCACAUUAAUCCACAAUGCUUAGACAUUGAUCAAGUAGUUCAGCUUUGUCAUAGCGAAAAACUCUACGACGCUUUAACUUACGUUUGGAAUCGAUCUAUGGUUGAUUAUGUGAGCCCAGCGGUUGAACUUCUCGCAGUUAUUAGAAAAAUUUUAAUUUUAGAAAAAAGAAAAAAGAAAAAGAAUCGGUUUUCUAUGUCAAAUGGUCUUGACAAUAGUCUAACUGAUUCAAAUAUCCUCGAUGGUGAGGAUUUAGAGACCAUGAAAAUGAACGCUCGUAAAUUUUAUACGUAUAUGUCUAAUAUCUUAACUGGGCAUACAUACCCAAAUGGUGCGCCACUUAACGAAGUUGAAGCCAAUGAAGCUCGAACAACUUUAUAUUCCUUCAUAUUUUCUGGGCGAUGUGUUGUAUGGCCUAGACAUGGUGGGAAAUUAAUAUUAACUGCAGAAGAUGAAGUAAAUGGUCCUGAACCUACCUAUCCAUAUCUUCGACUAUUCUUACGAUUUGACACAAAAGCUUUUUUACAAGCUUUAGAAGUUGCGUUUGAAGAUUCUUAUUUGAAUGGUGUUGAGAUAAUUAUGAACAGUGAAGAUUAUUAUGAGGAGGAAAUACCAGGAAAAAUUAUUAAUCGACAAUUAUUAGUCAACAUAUUACUCGAGGUAAUGACAUCUGGAUCUUCAGAAACCUCGGAAUUCACACAAGCGGACAUGUCAUACCUAUACAGCUUUGUGGCUCGCAAUCUAUCAAAAUAUCCACAAUUCCUUCUGCUUUCACCGUAUUCGAUACAAUACUUAUUAGACAAACUCAGCAACGAAGAUGACCCACGUACGAGGGAAGAGCGACAGCUUUCCGUUGAAUGCCUGUUGUCUAUUUAUACUCCUCAAGAUGAAAACAAAAUGGUUCAAUCAUAUGAAAAAGCUGGGUUUUGGAGAGUCUUGGAACAUGUGUAUAAAGCUGAGAAAAAAUAUGGAUUAUUGAUCACAACUUAUUUAAAAGAUCCAGAUCGAAAACAUGAAGUAUUUAAUUGUAUUCGAGGAUUAUUAAAUCCUUGCAGUAAACUUAACAACAAACAAAAAUUGGAAGUCUUAGAAAUAAUUAUGACUCACAUUGAUGAAAUUGUUGAUAUCGAUGGUGAACAGACAGCUUCAAUAAUAAAAUUGUAUUUUGAUGGUGAUCAUAAAACCGUAAUUUUAAAUCUGGAAUUAUCUCCAGCCCGCCUUUUCACAUAUUUAAGAGGACUUUUAGAACCAUCGCAGGACGAUGUCAUAAUUGGAGAACGUGCUAGAAUACCAAUGGUCGAAGAACAAGUCAUUUCGACUGAAUCGUUAUCUGAUCCAUCAAUAAUUACGCCAGAUAUUCAUGAACGAUAUAUUUCUCUAAUGUGUAAAUUUGAUCCCACUGGUGUAUAUCAUUAUUUACAAACACAUCAAGGUUCCUAUCGACUAGAAAAGGUUUUACCCAUAUGCGAAUCCGCUGGUAUUGUGGAUGCAGUGGUAUGGAUUUUAGAAAAAAGUGGCAAUGCCAUGGGAGCUCUUGAUAAAAUUUUGGAGAUUGUCCAAGAUAAGAGACUGGACAUUCUUGCAUUGGUUGAAGAGAAAAAAAAUUCAAAGAGCGACCGAUGGACAUUAAUGGAAAAAACCAAAAUUGAAACAUCUUUAAUGAAAUUGAAAGGUGUACUCAAGAUUGGAAUUCUUUUAUGUGAGAAUAGUUGUCGCCGUGCAAUAUCGUCUAAUGGUUCUGCACUUCUAGCUUUACCUCAAACUAGCAGUGCUACUGAGAGUGAAACUGAGUUAUUAUGGUUCAAGCUUUUGGAUACAUUUUUGGACGCCACUAAAGCCGUGUCUUCAAGUGUAAUACCGCCUAUUCCUACUUUGAUGUCAGAAAAACUUUUAGCUAAUGGACAACUAUCUUCAUUCGAAAUGCCAAGGUCAGCCAUACCACCUCACAUUGCUAAUCAUCUGGUUACGACUUUUAAAUCUUACGUUCAAUCUAUCAUGAGAUCUUUACUUCUGGCGACAUCAUCACCUUACGUUUCUUUCCCAAGACUGUUGCUUCGAUUUAUACAAUCACAAGCCAAAAGAAAUAGUACAGUCUCGGACUUUCGGGACAUUUUUGUAGGGAUGAUUGAUACAUAUAAAUAUGAAGGUCAGUUGCUGGCUAUGACCAACCGACUAUUUGAAAAGGACUUGUUCAUGGGUGUUGCAGGUGUUGUACGACAGCGUGGUAAAGGCUGGCGUCCUCGUAGGGGGACUUCAUCCGAAAAAGAAACGACCCAUUCAUCAACUAUAUCCAACCCUGCCAAUAUUGCAGAUGCCAUAACAUCCGAAGAAGAAAUGCCUUCCGAUAUC